AUGCUCAGCCAAGAACCAUAUAUGAAGAACGACCCCACCAGAGGAUCAGAGCUGAGAAUCAUCCUGCUGGGCAAAACAGGGACAGGCAAAAGUGCCACAGGGAACAGCAUCCUGGGGAAGCGAGCAUUUGCGUCCCAGCUGUGCGCCCAGACCUUCACUAAGACCUGCAGUGAAAGUCGGGGGAGCUGGGGCGAGAGAGAUAUGGUCAUUAUUGACACGCCAGAUAUGUUUUCCGGGACGGACCACUCUGGUCCCCUGUACACAGAGGUGCAGAAGUGCUACCUGCUCUCGGCCCCAGGGCCCCAUGUGCUACUCCUGGUGAUGCAGCUGGGCCGGUUCACCACCGAGGACCAGCAGGCUGCACAGAGGGUCAAGGAGAUCUUUGGAGAGGAUGCCAUGAGACACACCAUUGUCCUCUUCACCCACAAAGAAGACCUCGAUGGAGACUCCUUGAUGGAGUACAUCCGCGACUCCGCAAAUAAAGCCCUGGGCAAGCUGGUGGCAGCGUGUGGGGGGCGAGCCUGUGGCUUUAAUAACCAAGCAAAAGGGAGUGAUCGGGAUGACCAAAUGAAGGAGCUAAUGGACUUGAUUGAGGGCCUGGUGAUGGAGAGAAGGGGUGAGCACUAUACCAAUGAACUGUACAGCCUAGUGAGUGGGUCAGCUUGUGGGCCUGAGCAGUCAGAGGAAAGGUCAAAGGAUUUCAAAGGGAGUCUUAUAAAGUACAUGGAAAUUCAGAGACAGCGCACAACCAUGGCCAAAGAAAAUUGCCUAAAAAGAGGUCUAAUCAAAAUAUUACUAUGUAUUCUCAUUUGUAUUCAGUUGUUUGUCAAAUUGCUAUUUCUGUUAUUUUAUGUAUUGUUCAGAAUAUGCCAUUUUUUUUACUGCUUACUCUAUAGUAUAUGCAAUUUGUUCUGUAGCUUAUGGUUACUUCUCUUCAGAAAAUUAAUGAUAAUUCCUGGGAAGACCAUUGGUGUGGAAGGCAAGACUCCUAGACGACAGUUAUAG